GGACCACCACAAGCUCAGCGGCCUCGCCAACGCGGAGCCCCUGGAGAUAGACAUGCGGCCGCUGUGCUCCGCGGGCAGCAUCCUGUACGCGCGGGCCAAGGCCUUCGGCCUCACGCCGCCGAAGCACACACCCGAACGUCGCCGGCCUGAUGUUAGCGGGCCUGCUGUCGGACUCCCUGGAGUUCCGCUCACCCACCACUACCGAGAUCGACAAGGUGUACGCGAAGGAGUUGGGCGAGCUUGCCGGCCUCAACGUCCACGAGUUUGCGGAGGGCAUGCUCGAGGCGAAGGCGCAGAUCGAUCACCUCUCCCCCAAAGAGCUGGUAAUGAUGGACACGAAGAUCUUCAAGAUCGGCGGGAAGAAGCUGCGCGUUUCCGUAUUGGAGACAACGAAGCCCGCGAUGCCCCUGAAGAAGAUGGCCGAGAUGGUGGCCGCCCAGCUCGACCAGAUCAAGGAGGAGGCGCUGGAUGACAUGCUCCUCUUCGUCGUGGACAUCAUCAAGGAGGAGGCGACCUUCGUGUCGUGCAGGCCGAGCGCGGCCAAGAUUGUGGAGAAAGCCUGGAAGGCGACGCUCGGCACGGACGGAACCAUCGUGCUUCCCGGCGUGCUGUCGCGCAAGAAGCAGAUCAUCCCCGCCUUGGAGGCCUCUGCCAAGGACGAGCUGUAG